CAGCACUGCAACCGUCUGCUGCUGAAAUAGUCAAAUCCUAUCUCUGUGUACACCCACCUCGCAAUACACGCCCAUGCACGCACGGACCCGUCAACCCCAGCGCGCGGGCGGUCUAGCGUCAUCUACAUGUCGCUCUAUCUCAUUUCGGCCAGUAUCACGCGUUUUAGCUAAAGUGCGCUGCCAAGGGGCGGGCCCCAGCAAUGAAAGUGUGUCAGCAUGCGACCACAUGGCGAAGGGGCUACGCUGCACCGCUGCCGCUGCGCUCAGCAGCCUUUGCCUUCUCAGUGGAACCGCUUUAGCCCCAGCUAGCGCGUGGGCGAAUGGCGAUCUUACGCGCGAUACCUAUCUGUACGAUUCAGGGCGGCUCCUAAGCGCCGAUAAGCGGGACCGGCUGGAUGCGCAGUUGGCUGAGUUUUCAAAACGCACGGGCUGGAACCUGCGCCUGGUGACCAGCUACGGCCCGGGCACCCGGCCGGAUGACGCGGACAUCCGGGCGGCAUGGGGCCCGCUGGACAAACGCAGUGUCGUGGUGGAGUACGACGCCACGGCCCCCUCCCUCAUCAACCUGCCGUACCUGGGGGACGAGGCGGUGCUGCUGCUGCGGCGGCCCUGGUGGUUCGAGUUCAAGGGGCGCUUCGGCAACCUGUUCUACGUGCGGGAGCAGGGUGAGGCCACCGCGCUCCUCACCAGCGCCGGGGUGCUCAUGGACUGCCUGGGCCGCCCGGGGGGCUGUGCGGUGGUGCCCGGACUGCCCGAGGAGCAGUACUACUUCACUCUGGCCACCAGCAUCGCGGGGGGGCUGGUGGCGGGCUUCGUGUCAAAGCUGGAGCCGCAGGGCAUUGUUCAACGGCGCUGGGUGUGGCUGCUCAUCUUCUCGCCGGUGUGGGGCAGCCUGUUCGUGAACUUCGGGUUGGGCCCCGUGUUGAGCCGUACGGACGACAAGCUGCCGCUGGUGGGCAACUGCCUGGGCUUUGCGCUGGGGGCGGCGGCUCCCUACCUAGCGCAGGUCCUCAGACCACCUCCCCUGCGAGACCAGCAGUAGCAGGCAGGGACAUCAGAACGCACGCGUGGCAGCGAGAGAGAGAUUUCAUAACUUGCCAAAGCCGACUCGGCGCGAGUAACUAUGCAAGCGCAGCCGAUGGGUGCAGCAUCCUGGUAUGCCCAAAGGGCAAUGUGACAGUUUCGCAAUUGCAUGGCGGUGGCGGCGCGGGCUGCAACAUAGCAAUCGCUGCACCCUGUGGGAGGGGACGUUGGUAGCAGUGGCUUGCAAGCUGCGGAUGAGACGAGGAGCGGGAGUAGGAGUCCGGGAAGAAAGAGAGCGACGUUGUUGCAUGGAGGAUGCGCACCAUGCGUAAUGCGGCACGGUGUGGGCUCUGGGCAUGCCAGGAAAAGAGAAAAUACGAGGUUGGCGUACAGGACCCCUUAAAUACGGUACAUGCUCGGCUGUUAGCCUUGACACUGUUUCUUCCCCUUGUCCGUCAUGACACCCCAUACUACGCGCUACCGUCAC